AUGGCACGAUACCACCACAGCGACCUCUCUGACGCCCCCACGAUGAUCAUGUCACCGACAAAUGGUGCUCAAUUACCUCACAAUUCUAUGCGCUCUCAUUCCUUCUCUGGUAAUUCGGACACCGACGACUCUCUUCUCGUCAAGUCGCACCGUAACAACUCAACUUCUUGGACACCAGUGGAUACGAUGACACCUGUUUCCACGAACCCUUCGCGGAAAAGGUCGCGGGACGAAAGCGACUUGACACUGAACCAUGAUGGCUCUUAUUUUCACGAGCAGAAAGUCAACACUCCCGCACCAAUUCCAGAAGAGCCGACUUACGGCGAAGGCAUGGCGCUCUUGAAUCCUUCCACGGGCAUCUCGAUCUCAGCAGAGAGCCAGACAGGAACGUGGUACGAAGAAAAGGUCGAGGCAGGCUCGGCAUUAUUACCCGGAAUAGAAGAUCGACCAAGGAUGCCCACGUCGCGAAAGUCUGUGCGCCUUGACCAUGCCGCCCCUCCAUCACCACGGCCGGACGACAUUGUAGCAGCAGUAGCGCCAGAAAGCCUGCCAAAAUCUUCAUCGUCUGCAUCAUAUCCAACCAUCGACGAUUUCACAUACGCUCUGGGCAUUGGAUGGACAAGGCUUGCUACAGAGGAUCCAGACAUUCAAGCAGCUGCUCGAGGAUGGGCUCGCUAUCUAGAGAAUCACUACUCGAGGCGUAUACAUGGUGCUGAGAUUUUGCUGAAGAGCAAAGGCCUCACUGCAUAUCUCGUGGGCUGCCAGGAUGGUUUCUAUCUGUUCAGUGAAGAUUUGCUGGAAGGCAGACUGGUGGGAAGGAACUGGGAGUCGUGCUUGAGCAAUCUACAGACUAAUCCGAUCACUUUUGAAGGGGCAGAAGUCCUGCGGGCCGAGAGGACUCCAGCUCCGGAAUCUGGGGUUUCAUGUGGGUUUAGGUACGGCAAUGAGACUGAAAAAGGCAUGAAUAAUGGUAAUGGUGCUGGUAUCAACGGUCAAAUGGAUAGUACAUCGAAUAGACACGCUACGAUCCAGCCAACCUACGAUCUCUUGACCGGCGGCAACGGUGACACUCCACCGCGACACAAGAAGGCGAACAUUCGACAGUCACAGAUUGGGAGGCCAGAAACGAGCAACAAUGAAGACUUGCGAGCGCAGAUCAAUUCACUUAAAUAUGAAUUGGACAAUAUACAUCAGGAGCGCGGAUUGCUCACACUACAACAUGAGAAAGAACUUCGAGAUGUACAAUUGAAAGCUGAUGCAGACUUCAAGAAGUAUCAGGCGGCUGAAGGAGCGUCUAACAAGGCAUCUCGAAAAUAUGAAGCUCUUUCCCAAGAAUUGCGCGAUGCGCAAGCACAGCAUAUCAACGAGAAGGCCGCCUUGGAAAGAAAGCUCAGAGACCUGCAAGAACAGAACCAGUCGCUACGAGAAGACGGAGAAGAGGUGCAAGCACAGCUCGUCGAUCAAGGACGACAGCAUCUCCAUCAAAUCAACGAUGUCGAGGCGAAGCGAGUGGCAUUGCAAGACACGGUUGAUCGUCUUCGAAAUGAUAUACAACGCGUCAGUCAGGACCUCGAGAGUACACAAGCACGGCUAUCAAGCCGUAAUGCUGAGUUCGAAAGUUUGGAAGCCAAGGUUGUGCAGCUAAAAUCCCGUGCUGGAGAUGGCGAAGGCCUGGCUGUUGUUCAGCGAGAGCUCUCGGACCAAGUCACGCACAUCCGAAAAUUAGAGUCCACAAAUCGCGAGCAGCUCGCUGAACUACGCCGUCUACGAAAUGCUCACCAGAGUGUACAAAUUGUUGAAGAGCAGAAGAGAUCUCUAGAAACCGAGCUACUGUUGUUGCAGGACGUUCACCGUCAGCUUGGAGAGGCCCAAAUUCAAAAAGAAAUGCUGGAAGAUGAGAAAAGGACAUGGAGUACCCUGUUAGAACGAGAGGGACAAGAAGCAGAAUUCGAAUCGCCUGAAGCCGUUGUCAAAGCUUUUGUGCAGGAACGCAUUGAACGUGCCUCGCUUGUCGACCGUAUGGGAAAGCUUGAAGCCGAGCUCUCUGAAAAGGAUGAGAUUAUCAAGGCUCUCGAGGCCGACAAGCUAUCGUUACAGCAGGCCGCAAAGGAGCGGAAAGCUACUACUCAAAUUGGCGCCACGGAUAAGCCAGACAGUAAAGCUUACAAGCGGUUAGAUCGUCAGCGCAUCCUCGCCGUAAAAGAGGUUGAGUAUCUUCGUGCGCAAUUGAAAACCUUUGAUACUGAAGAAACAGUCCUGAUGUCCAAUGAGAAUUUUGACAACCAGCGCGUGGAGCAGAUCAAGCAGCUUGAAUCCUUAGUCGAUCAAUACCGCACUGAAGUCCAAUCACUUCAUACCGAACUUUCCCACCGAGAAUCCCAACCACCAUCUCAAUAUCCAGAAUCACGGGGAACGAAACGCUCCAUUUCCGAAGCAGCAAGCUCUGAAGAAGACCAACUCGGGCCCCUUCUUCGCAAAACCAAAAACCUCCAAGCUGCCCUUACAGAAGCAACCACCAAGACGGCUGUCCUGGAAACCGAGCUCCACGCUACAAAGUCUCAGCUGAAAUCAAUUUCCUCCAGAGCGCGUACGCGUAUCCUUGAGCUUCGCUCAAACCCAACCUCUAACCAUGAAGCCAUCAAAUUGUCCACGCUCAAUACCCUCCGCACCGAAAAUGCCGCCCUUCUUGCCCAGCUACGAGGAGAUGAUCUCUCUAAUGUGGCUGUCGUGCCCGCCGCCACGGUCGAGAACCUGACAAUGCAGCUCAGCAGACUCCAAGCCGAGGUCGCUACUGCGCAGAAGCAAACGCGCCGUCUUCGUGAGAUCUUCGGUAGCAAAGCCACUGAAUUCAGAGAGGCUGUGGCGUCAAUCCUUGGCUACAAGAUUAAUUUUCUGCCUAAUGGGAAGGCAAGGAUUACAAGUACAUUUUAUAUUCGGUCUCAUCGGGCCACAGACGGGAGUGUAGACGCCGCGAGGGAGGCUGAGGAGGACGAAGAAGAGCAGGCAAAUAACAACAGUAUCAUCUUUGAUGGGGAAGAAGGAACAAUGAAGUUUUCCGGUGGUGCAAAUAGCCCAUUUGCAAUGGAGAUGAAGGAGCUGGUUCGUUUCUGGGUGCAGGAGCGAAGGAGCGUGCCGUGCUUUUUGGCAGCGAUGACGUUAGAACUGUUUGAAAAGAGUUCGAAGGUAGAGGCCGAAGGUCUGGUCGGAGGAGAGGAGGUAGAAGAAGAGGGGCAAGGGACAGAGUGA